CAGGGCCCUAGUACGCCUGUCGGUAUCACGAUAGCGGCGGCCCCGCGCGCUUCGUCUAUUUCCUGCGCUUGUCGUCGACGCCGUGCGAUGUCAUCUCACACAGUGACGGUUUAUCAGGAUCAUCAAAUGACCCCGAGCAUGACCGGCGCAAUACGAAGGAACAUUCAGACUUUAGAAUGGGCUUGGCUAUUAUUGCAAGCGGCUUUGUCAAUGGUGAUGAUGCAAGUCUACCAGUCUCUGAGAGGCGGACAAACAAACACGAACAAAACAAGAGAACACCGGCACUAUGCAGCGUUCAGUGCCCGCUGUCGACCCGGAUGGAUGGAGCUGACGCCCGACAAAUGACCCAUCCCUUUUCACCUCGUCGGAUAAUCCUGGCUGACAGUCGGUUUCUGUCCGUCUCUGUCCAGCCUGACUUCCGAGCCGAUGGUCACGACCGGACCCAGAUCAGCAGUCUCUUGGUUCGACACGGGGUGGGGCUUUUGGUGAAGAAAAGAAAUCGGGCAACGCAAGCACUUCGUACAUACGACACGACACCCCUCCGCGAAAGAAAGGAGGCAAAAAAACCGUGUCGUGUCUCGUGCCUCAGCAGAGCCCGCCGAGAGCGGUCAAGGGUCUUGAUCGAGCCUAGUGCCGAUUCACCAACCCAACGAAGAGACCAGGGGCCCGCCCCGCAAAACGCCACGCGACGGCGAGACAACGGCCAAUCUUCCCCAGCUUUCCCUCGUCUGCUUAUGUCGGCGAACUCGUGACCUGCGCGAGGUGGCUGCUCUCUCCGAGAAUGGGUCAGGCUAAGGGAAG